AUGUUAUUUUAUUUACAGGUGAUGCAACCUUGUGAUAUUUGGACGUUACGUAAAGAACACGAAGAUCUGUCGAGAGCUUUGAGAACGAGAAAGGUCCACCUUGAAAAUGAGAAAUUAAAAAGUGAUGAAAUGAAAACGAGUUCAUCAGCCAUCAAAACGAUGAAGCUGGAAAAUCGUCCUCUCGUUAAACGCCCUGGACUAAAACAUCGUAUGACCGAUCCAAGUCCACUGCGGGAAUUCGCUCGUCAUGAAGACAGUUAUACUCACGAGAAGACUGCUUUUCCAGUGAAAAUAGAAAAGGAGAGUAUUCGAGAAGCUGAUGUUGGUAACAAAGUUUGUGAUGGUGGACAUUUAACUAAAAAUCAGACAAUUUUACUGUCAUCUUAUGACCUUGCAAGGAGAAGAUUAAGUCUUCCCCUUAAUACAUCAUCAUCAUCAUUACUACUUGAGCAAUCUUGGAACACAAAUGUUUUUUUAUUGAAUGACUCCGAUGACUCCGACGACAUCAGCUGGGAAAGUCCCACUCGUGAGAGUGUCGAUCUAACAGCAUCUUUGGAGCACAGGAGAAGUCGAAAUAUGAAUAACAUGGAUAGAAGACAAAAACAUUUAGCUUGGAUAAAGCAGGCAAAGUCUUUAAGUGUGGAUGGCAGUCGUCAUCGGACAUCAACAAAUAAACGACGCAUGAGCGAGCUACCUGCGUUGUCAUCGUUAGCAACCCGAAGGAAAGCCUUCCCACAUACAUUGUCGGUACCUCUGGGUCUUCGUCGAAAAUUGUCGAGAGCUGGCCAUUUUUCAGAUCAUCAUAUCGUGAGUAACUCGUGUGAAAAAGCGAAGAACGAAAUGUUGGCAACGUUAAAACUGUCAGCGUGGCCCGAUCAUACGUCUUGGAAACAUAGUGAACUUUCUCGUCGUAAAACUAGCAUCGCCGUAGGAACGGCAGCUAUGAAGAAGAACGAAGAAAAAAGAAUGAUGGUUGCUCACGAGUUCUUGGAAACUGAGAAAACGUACAUUAAAGCGUUGGAGACAUUGAACGAGGUGUUCAUGGAGCCGUUAAAGAAUUCCAAUGUUGUACCGGAGAAAGAUAUAGGAAUUAUGUUUCCAAAACAACUUAUUGCCAUGAAGAUCGGCCACGAACGUUUUAUGAACGAACUCGAAGAACGCUUGAAUAAUUUUGCAUGGCAAGGCGUCCUUGGUGAUGUCUUCACAAAAUUAGGAAACUCUUAUCAUGUGGACUUCAUGAAGAUAUAUUCUGAAUAUGUGGACAACUUUCCUAAAGCUGUUUCCGCUAUCAACAAAUAUUCCAGAAAUAAUCAAAAGUUCAAGCGGUUUUUGAAGAAAUGCUGUAAUGAUCAAAGAUGUCAGCGUCUAAGUAUAACGGCGUUCCUUCUUACUCCAAUACAACGCUUACCCCGAUACGUGCUCUUGUUACGGCAACUUGCGAAGUACACAGAUGUUGAUCAUCCGGAUAGCUUUCAUAUCGAGAUUUCAUUGGAAAAAAUGAUAGACAUCAUUAAUGUAUUAAACAACUCCAUCCAAAACUCCACACGUGUGGUUCGUUCAAUCACCUUGAGACGCUCAACAAAACUAAGACGUAAAAGAAAUUUGUUUAAAGUCAAAGAAAGUGAGAAUUCAAGCGUGGCAAGUUCAAGGAAAUCAUCAGAUGAAUCUGAAUCGUCAGAAGUAUCCAAUUCGGUCUCGCCAACGCGUUUUGAUGUUUCAUCGCCGACGACAUCAACAAUUCCUGAGCAAACAAGAAGAAACGAUUUUCUGUCAAGUACAGAUUUAAACUCAUGUUCAAGAACACCUUCUCCCUCUAGUUCCAUGUCAAGAAGCAGUUUCUUCAAAGUUAAAUUGCGAGGAAACAGCGAAUCGAAGCGAGGUAAACGUCGACCAGUCAGCACGACGGAGGUUGAGGUGUAUCACAAUAUCCAUCAUAAUCAAACGACAUCACAGGAUCACCUGAAACGAUCCAUGAGUCGAGAUAGUAUCGGAAGUAUUAUUCGCCUCAAGUUUGACAGCCUAAGACAUCGAACGAAGUCCAGUGAAGAUUGUCUUAAUGAGAACGCGUCUUUAGAUCGAAUUUCUGAUUCGCGUUCCAUUUUAUCAAGAUUCCGACGAGCAAGAAUUCCUGAUGAUGACAGUUUUGUUGAAGUCAUCAAAGGUUCAAGAUCAGAGGGCGAUUUUCUCGAAAAACUAAACGAUUCUAAUUCGAAGAACUGUGUUAAGUCACGUGAUCAUUUUCCUGUUUCACAUACCCCAUCCACAUCAUGUGACAUUUCAUCGGAAUUAGGUGAUGGUUAUUCCCCAAAAACUCAUCAGCACUGGACGUUACCACUCCGCACGUCACGUGGUCGCACUCCUCUAUCACGUGAAUCUUCCGUUCUAUCGUCUGAGCAUGACCAUUUUGAUACCGACGAUAUUGAGAAAUGCAAAGACAGCGAAUUGGAACUCGGAAUUGAGGACAAACAUUCCUUUGACAAAGGUAUAAAACGUACAUUAAGUGAACGUGUUCGACCAUGGAAAAGUAGUUUGGUAGAUGGUCAAACGAAUCCAAAAAAAUUAGGAAAGAGAAACACUCUGACAAGUGCUGUUCGAUAUUUAUUCAUUUCAAAAACAAGAACUUCAUCAAAUCGCGAACCGACAUUUGCCUGUCAUCUGGAUUCGUCAAAUGAUGUUCGCACCUUAAACAGUAUCUCGAAUGAAAAAUUGUCAACAUUGACGACCGUUUGAAGCAGUAUUGGUUUAUAAUUAAAUGUGAGAUAAUGGCAGAUUAUGGCUAAGUUAUAUUUAUUUGAAUCAAAUUAUCAAUAUUCAUGACUACAGUUUGUUCAUAAGAAAAAAUAAUUAUUAUAUUCACGUAAUAACAAUAUUGUAUAUCUGA